AUGCCCCGCACACAAGUUCUAGCACCUAUAAUAUCAGAACCAGUGCGUUCCGUGGCUGACGGCGAUGAUGCUAUUGCCGGACUGGAUACCCCGACGUUAAACGGUGCCAUCAAGUACCGACGAAAUGUGUCUUUUGCUGCGUCGCUCUUUGCAAUGGUCUGCGGAGGCACCCUCUAUCUGUUUUCUGCGUAUGCGACAGCAUUUGCAGAGAAGCUUGGGUAUACGCAGACACAAAUGAACCUCAUUGCCAGUGCUGGGGGAUUAGGAUUAUAUCUCUCUGGUCCGGCGAUGGGAUCUUUUGUAGACCGAUACGGGCCAAAGAAAGUUGUAUUUGCAUCAGCCGUACUCCUAUUUACCGGCUAUUCAUGCAUGGCAUUGACGUUCAACGGAGCCUUUGCACACAGCUCCUUCCUCUUGGUAGCAGUAUCCUACGCACUUGUAGGGCUCGGCUCGGCUGGUAGUUAUAAUGCAGCUAUAACCACAAAUGUCCGAAAUUUUCAUCCACGAGACCACGGCUUCGUUGUUGGCAUAUCUGUAUCUCUCUUUGGAUUGUCAGCGUUCAUCUUCUCGCAACUUAGCGCGUUUUUCUACCGCCGUCCUUUAUCUGCAGAGUCGUCGUCUGCACCACAUCAUGAAGCAAUCGAUACGUACGCAUUCCUCAUGUUCCUAGCAUGCGCCACAGGAGGAGCGAACCUCGUUGCUACUUUGGGGCUGACAGAUUUAUCAAAGGAUACUGGAAUAGUUUACCAGAGACGAAGUUCAGAGAGUGUGCACGUAGGAGAAGAGCGAAGAGGUCUGCUGCCGACCGAAGACGAAGAGGGAAGCGGCAUAGAUGUGAGGGUUGAGGAUACGCAUUCAUCGCAGCCGUCUGCAAGGGCUCCCAACCCUGAAGACCGGCACAUAAGCGUGAAUACGUCACUAUUCCAGAGUACUGAUGCUUGGAUCUUGUUUGUUGCUUUCUUGCUACUUACUGGCACUGGUCUGAUGUUCAUAAACAACAUUGGCGCGAUUGUGGUUUCUCUCUUUCCUCUGGCUAGCGAUACCGUUCUCAUCUCCAAAGCUCAGGCGCGUCAAGUAUCCAUUAUAUCCAUAUUCAAUUGCGCUGGAAGAAUCGUCACAGGUCUUGGCUCAGAUACCGCGCAGCGAAGGUGGGGUACACAUCGACUGUCGUUCAUGAUCAUGGGAGCAGGACUCCUAGCUGUUACACAAGCUGGGUUAGCCAUAUCGCCGUCUAUGGACGUUUUACAUAUUUGGACAGCUUUGGUGGGAUUUUCCUACGGAAGCUUGUUCUCAAGUGGUCCUGUAAUUGUCGGGACAUGGUUUGGGAUCAAAAAAUUUGGAACACAUUGGGGAUGGUUUCAAUGGGGCCCAGCUGCUGGAGGGCAGCUCUGGAAUACAGUUUUCGGUGCCAUUAUGGAUGCAAACCGACCCACAAAACCGGAUGGGGAAUGUAAAGGAUCGCACUGCUUCCAAUUGGCUUUUGUGCUGACAGCUGUAGGUAGUCUCUCUAGUAUGGGACUGUUAUACAUUUUGUAUUGGCGACGAACUGCCAGCUACGCGCCCUUGCACUAGCUGCUGCAUCUACUGUAGGCAAUUUUUAUAUUUAAUGUGUAUAAUCAAGUAUCUGAGAAAUUUGC